CGUGGAGAGCUCGGGCCGCUUCUGUGGUGGCUGAGGAGGCGGCGGGCGCGAUGACGGCCGAGCUGCAGCAGGCCCAGGAGGGGGGCGCGGCUGCCGUCGAGAGCCAAGGACGGAAUGGCAAUGUGCUCAUCAACCAGCUCAGAGAGAUCACAGGCAUUCAGGAUCCUUUGUUCCUCCACACAGCCCUGAAGGCUGCUGAUGGAAACUUAAUUCAAGCCGUUAGUUUCCUCACAGAACACCACGCUAAAGAGUCAGGGCAAGAAGCCGUUGCUGCAGAACCAUCUGACAGUGAAGGAAGUGCAGUCAGCAAAAAUCAGGCAACCAGUCCAGCUGAAGCAACAGAAGAUGAUGAAGCUAAUCUGCAGGAAGCUGUUUCUUCUGGAGCCCUUGAUUUUCCAAGUGUUCAAGUUGUAGAGAAAGAUCCAGAUGCAACAGUGAAUGUAGUUUAUGAACCAAGUGUGGCUGAAAGCAACAAUCGGUCCAAACGGAAACGGUGUGAUGUCUGGGGAGAGACUGCUGCCCAGAGUGAGUGGAGGAGAGCAGGCGACUGGCCAGUAGGGAUGAAAAACAUUGGAAAUACUUGCUGGUUCAGUGCAGUCAUACAGUCUCUCUUCCAGCUGCCAGAAUUCCGCCGGUUGGUUCUUAGCUACUCCCUUCCAGAGAGCGUACUGGAAAAUUGUCAAAGCCAAAGCAAAAAGAGGAACAUCGCGUUCAUGCAGGAACUUCAGUAUCUCUUUGCUUUAAUGCUGGGAACACCCUGUAAAUUUGUAGACCCUUCCGCAGCCCUGGACCGUCUCAGAUGUGCGUUCAGUUCACCUGAGGAGCAGCAGCAAGAUGUGAGCGAGUUCACCCACAAACUUCUGGAUUGGUUGGAGGAUGCUUUUCAGCUGGCUGUGAAUGUUAAUGGUAACUCACAGGACAAAUCUGAGAACCCAAUGGUUCAGCUUUUUUAUGGGACUUUCCUUACUGAAGGUAUUCAUGAAGGCAAGACCUUUUCCAAAAUAGAGACAUUUGGCCAGUACCCCCUGCAGGUAAAUGGUUAUAAGAACUUGCAUGGAUGUUUGGAAGGCGCCAUGGUAGAGGGGGAGACUGAACCGUCGUCAUCUAAUCAGUCAGUGAAGUAUGGGCAAGAGCGCUGGUUUACAAAACUUCCUCCCGUGUUGACUUUUGAACUUUCCCGUUUUGAGUUCAAUCAGUCGCUUGGGCAGCCAGAGAAGAUACACAACAAGCUAGAAUUUCCACAGAUAAUUUAUAUGGACAGGUUCCUGUAUGGUAACAAAAAGCUUGUUCAAGCUAAAAGAGAAGAGAUCAAGAAACUGAAGGAUCAGAUAACGGUUCUACAACAGAAAUUGGAAAGGUACACAAGAUACGGUUCUGGUGCCAGCCGCUUCCCUUUGCCAGACAUGCUGCAGUAUGUUCUUGAAUUUGCAGGUACUAGGCUGCCCAGGGCUGCCCCCUGCACUCAAGACUUGACACCAGUAGCUGAAUGCCAAACUUCAGAGACUCCUCCAACGCAAAGCAGGGUGACAGUAACACAAGCUGAAAGUGUCAAGGAUGUAGCCUCUGCCCUAGCCACAUCUUGCCAGGAACCAAACAACGAACCCCUCCAGUUUCCCAGACUUCCUGCGAAGGUGCCAGAAGGUCACGUCCCUCAUGAGAUCACAAAGGAUGAAAUAAGUCUUGUUGUGGCCUGCCUGCAACGAUGGAGAGAAGAGGUUGAACAAGACAUAAAAGACCUGAAUGCUUCUAUUGCACUGCUUUCCCAAUCUAUUGACCAGAUGUACUCAGAUCCUUUGCUUCAUCAGGUCCCUUACCACUUGCAUGCUGUCUUGGUCCAUGAAGGCCAGGCCAACGCUGGCCAUUACUGGGCCUACAUCUACAACCAGCCCCGAAAAAGCUGGCUCAAGUAUAAUGACAUCUCUGUGACAGAGUCGUCUUGGGAAGAACUGGAGAGGGACUCUUUUGGAGGCCUGAGGAACGCCAGUGCCUACUGCCUGAUGUACAUAAAUAAAAAGCUACCACACUUUGCUGCUGCUGAUUAUGUUAAUGGGCAGACCCAGAGAGAAGUGGAAUCUCUACCUCUGGAGCUCCAGCACUACAUCCAAGAAGACAACUGGAGGCUUGAACAAGAGGUGGCAGAGUGGGAGGAGCAGUCGAGCAAGAUGGUGCAGAUGGAUCAGUCAUCACCAGCAGAGUCUCAGGACCUCUCUUCUGACUUGGGACAAGAAAGAUCUUGUUCCUCGAGCUCUGAACGGAUGGCACAUUCCCUCUCCUCCGAACAUGCCAUGAUUGCCAAAGAACAGACGGCUCAAGCCAUUGCCAAGACAGCUGAUGCAUAUGAGAAGGCUGGUGGAUUGGCAGCUCUUGACAAGUCAAAGGAGGCAGAACCAGUGCAGCACCUCCCAGAAGAAGCAAACCCCACCACUCAGGCAGAAGAGCCACAGGAUGCUAAGGGGAUGGAGCUUUCUGCCCCACCCAGCUCACAGAUCUCUGAAGUGGAUAUCCCCAGUGUGGGAAAGAUUCUAGUUAGAUCAGAUGCAGAUGGAUAUAAUGAAGAGAUGAUGCUCAGUCCUGCCAUGCAAGGUGUGAUCCUGGCUAUUGCUAAAGCCCGUCAAACCUUUGAUCGGGAUGGGUCUGAAGCAGGGCUAGUUAAGGCAUUCCAUGAAGAAUACUCCAGGCUGUACUCGCUGUCAACAGAGACUCCAACACCACAAAAUGACCCCCGGCUUCAGCACGUCCUAGUUUACUUCCUGCAGAACAAUGCGCCAAAGCAAGUGGUGGAACGGACUCUUCUGGAGCAGUUUGCAGACAAAAACCUCAGCUAUGAUGAAAGAUCGAUUAGCAUUAUGAAGGUAGCUCGAGCUAAGUUGAAAGAGAUUGGUCCUGAUGAGGUGGACAUGGAAGAGUAUAAGAAAUGGCACGAAGACUACAGUUUGUUUCGCAAAGUAUCUAUUUACCUCUUAACAGGCUUGGAACUGUAUCAGAAUAAACAGUACUAUGAAGCUCUGACCUAUCUGGUGUAUGCCUAUCAGAGCAAUCUGACCUUGCGGAGGAAGGGAGCCAACAGAGGCGCCAAUGCAUCUUUAAUUGCUCUGUACAGAAGAAAAUGUCUCUUGAAGUUGAACGAUGCUGCAGCAGCUCUGUUUGAAAGUAGCAAUGAGUUGAGCGUGGAUGAAGGUGUAAACAUCUUGAAUGAGCUGAUCAUCCCCUGCAUGCACCUCCUCAUCAGCAAUGAUACCUCAAAGGAUGACCUGGAUGCCGUUGAGGUCAUGAGAAAUCGUUGGUGUGCUUACCUGGGAAAGGACAUGAAUGAGGACCUGCAGCUAAAACUGAGUGAAUUCCUACCCCGCCUGCUAGAUUGUUCCUCCGAGGGCAUAGUUCUAAAAGAACCACCCAAGAUCCGCCCCAAUUCUCCCUACGAUCUCUGCAGCCGAUUUGCAGCUGUCAUGGAAUCUAUUCACGGGGCCUCGACUGUCACUGUCAAAUAAAAACUGCCGACUGUACUGCAUUAAGCUCUGGAGACCGCAGCCCACUAGCGUGUGGAAUCCAGCUGCCGACCACCUUUUGGAAUGGAGCAAGGAAGAGAGAUGCUACAUUGAGACAAUCCACAUUCAGACCUAACCAAAACUGUGCUUAGAAAAGGGCUAAAUGGGACAUGACACCCUCUGGUGUGCAUCAUAUAUGGGCAGGCACUAAAUUAGAACAUGUUCUUGAGGGUUCACUGUUUUACGUUGCCUAUAACUGCGUUUGCCUUGGCUUCCUACAAGAACACGGUAGGAAGACACUUAUCUUUUUAAACGGAAAUUUUAAACACAGCAUAUUGUACAUAUAUACUUCUGUUGUGCUCAAUUCUUAUGGAGUAUACAGUGGUUUGAUAUGCUCAUUGUGAGCACUCCAUGCAUGCUCUUAUUAUAUUUUGAAUGCACUUGCCACACAUGCUGGUCUAUUCAUGUGUCACAAUGCCAGCAGUAUGUUAUCAGUGCUGAUAGCUGUUGUGCUGUCACUACAUAUGACUGGGCCAACAUAAAGGAGUGCAUUUAAAGCACAAUGGGGAGCAUGUAACCUGGAGCCUGUUUAAACUGGACCUCAUUGACAUCAAAGCAGGACUGAUUCAGGGAAUAAGCCAGACAGUCAUAGGAAAUUUUAAGAGCAAUAAUUCACAUUCACCUUUUUCAUGGAAAAACACCCUAAAAUGGGAGCCUAUCAGUUGAGGCCCUUCCCAUCAGAUAUCUCCUGAUGUGGCGGUAACAGAAGAACUUGGUAGCCUGGGUUGUACAAAAUACAGUCAUUCGUGCACACUGCGUUUGUGUAUGCUAGCAACUCAAAACACAGUUGACGCCAUCAGGAGAAAUGAUGAUGGUGGCAAUAUUUUACAGUUGCUACAGAAUUGCAGAAGUCAUUCCAGGACAAGAAUAGAGAUGCAAAACAAAACCCAUAAGGAAACUGCUUUCUCUGACCUCCCAAAUCAUACCUCCUUUAUUACCAAUCACUGAAUUUUCAUUACCAGGCUAGUAUUGGCAGUGACAAGGGGUCUGACGUCAGGAAUAAUAAACCUUUAUAAAAAAGAUACUGCUUAACUGGCAAAGUCUACUGCCAAUAUUUUUAAGCAAUCUUUGUUUUACGGGAAUACAUUGGCAAUCGGGAUGUAAAUGGAAAUACAUAUUUGAGAAGCCUUUUUCUGUUUUAAUUAAAUGUGCAAUAAAUAAUUUUACCCUAUUUAAA